CUCGUUUCGCAACCGCGAUGCUCCUUCAUUGACCUGAGAUGAUAUAUCUCUUGCUUCGCUCCCGCAGAAACUAUUUGUUAGCCAAAUGAGCCCUUCCAUACAUCCUGCCCCCUGCCAUUCUCAGUUCACGUGCGGGUGAGUACAAACUCCCUUACAUGGAAUGUCAGGUAAUGACUCCGCUCGGGAGCAUGUUCGGAGAUCUGUUUCAUUUCACAUACAUAGCUUUUUUGCUAUUCAUGAAUUGGGAGCCCUUCAUCGAAACAGGCCAGUCAUGUGAAAAGAUCGAGCGAGGGGGAGGGUGUCAAGUGCCUUGUGUAUCUUGAUCAUUAACCACUUCCAAGGACCCACCGCUUUGACUCUUGCUUGGGCUCGUUCCACUCCAUUCGAAUUGAAUAUCACCCAAGUAUCGGAUCUGGAGCAGUAGGCCCGUAUUGAUCCCUAUCUCUUCCAAGCACCUAGGCUCCAAAACUUGACGGAACAAAGGCGAAAAAUCAGAUAAGACCUUGUGCUUCUUUGUUCAACGAAAAACGUUUUCGGUUUUACUCAAGACAAGGCUGUGCCAUCUCGGAUGAGGCCAACACCCCCAACUAUAUCGACUCUUCCCCAAGAACUUAUCGACCAGAUCAUUGAUCAUCUUCAUAACGAUAUCCUAUCACUGAAGAACUGCUCCGUCGUGUGCCAUGCAUGGUUACCCACGAGCCGUAUCCAUCUCUUCUCUAAAAUUCGACUUGACAUACCUCGAACCCGAUUAGAGCCUUUGGAUGAAGAUCACCAUGAGUCGGCUCUAACUCACAAACCCUGCCAAAAGCUACACACACUUCUCUCACAAAACCCGGCAAUCAUACCCCACAUCCACGAACUAACUCUUGUCUCCGGGUCGCCCGUACCUUCCGCGGUACGCGAUGGACAAUACCAUCUCCUAUGGACAUUCGCCGAAGAAACUCUCCCGUUACUUCUCCGGACCCUCACACAUCUACAACGUUUCGAAAUCACUUCUCCGCAAGGAAUCGCACCGUGGAACGUGCUUCCGGCGCCUCUUUCGGGUGCUAUGAAAGCUAUUUUCUCUGUUCCGAGCCUUGCGUAUAUACGAAUCAAGUCAUGGGAGUUUCCUAGCCUACGGGUGCUUUCGAAACUUCUACGUCAGUCUGUACGUCUCAGGGGAUUGGGGUUGUGGUCGAUUAGGAUGGGAGCUGGAGGUUUCGUGCAGACAGAGACUCAGACGAGCGUUACGGUGGUGUCUAACUCUGAUUCCGAACAGCGGUCGGAGCGUGAAGUGCAGGACUCGAACUCGAACAUGGGUGAUGUUCCUGUUCUUUCUUCAGCUGCGAUAUCGGGUUUAGCGGAAGUAGAGGCGACAACGGGAGUUAGUAAACAGGAUCUGUCGGUGUCGUCGUCGUCGUCGUCAACAACGCUACCACCGGCACUUGAGUUCUUGACGCUUGAUUAUGUCGAGUGUCCGCACCUCGUCGAAUCACUUGUCAGUCAACUCGAUCUCACGAAUCUGCGCGAACUCCGUAUUGCACAUUCAUAUGACAAGUCAAUUCAGGAUAUUCUAAACGCCGCAGGUGGCUCCUUGGAGCGAUUUCAUUUCAAACCAGGUUCGAUCGGGUUGCAACCUUUGGAUCUUUCCCUCGCCACCUCCCUCCGUUCUAUCCGACUCACGCUCGAAGAAGACUCAGGUGUCUUACAAUGGAUAUCAUCCCUUCUUUACACGAUUCCCUCACCGUCCGUUCUCGAACGGAUCGCAUUAGAGCUCUAUACGGAUCCAAAACGACUUCCGUUAGAUGGUUGGCGUAUUUUGAGCAAGGUUAUAGGAUCCUCGCCGCAGUUUUCUGAUAGGUUGACGCAUGUCCAUAUCGGUCUAUUUGCCUCACCUACGUCCAACGAGUUCGUGAGGGUCCACGAGGCAAUGACAUGUGGUGCUGUCGGUGUUGGUGAUAUUGAUGGGGAAGAAGAAAGGCCGGAUGAUCAUGAACCGACUUUUGAGGAGUCACAGAUGAAAGACACGCUGGGUGUUAAAGGAACUAGAGAAGGCCCGGAGGUUAUGGUUUAUCAAUUGGGAACGAAGAGGCAAAGCUCGUUCUGUGCUGGGCUUACGCCGCUCAUUGAAAAGUUUGAAGAUGAUGUGACGGGGAGACGGUUUAGCGGGAUUUUUUAGGUUUGAUCGACAGCAUGUGGGCCCGCCCAUAUGUAGACUGAUCAUGUAGAGCCUUCGUACGUGAAGUCAGG